GUCUCUGCCAGGUAAUUAAAUGACGAUGAUUCCCGUUUGACAUUGAUUUGCAGAAGGUGUCACUUGACUAGUUUUGGGUCUCUGUGAAGUUAAUACGAUGUCUGUGUUCAAUAUUUUCUCCCUAACCAGUCCAUUUGCUAGUUUUAAUUGUGUCAACUGUCGCCUGUAUGGCAGAAAGUGGAAACGGCGAAGUAAAUUCACUUUACGAGGAGCAGAAGCGGAAGAGGUCAACCCGACCACUUUGACUAUGGAAGUACCAAGACCAUUAAUUCCAUCUGCCGAUCCUGAAUUCCUGUGCAACGUGUUCCGUGUCAUCCGCUUUGACUACAUGAUAACCUCUAAUGCAUUCCUACAUCACACAUUUAAAUUUUAUUCUACUCAACAACAAGCUUUAAUAAUUCGUCGUGGUCUUCCGUUUAAGAUAAAAAUCACUUUUAGUGAUAUGUAUGAUCCAGAUGUACAUGAAGUGUCCUUCGUUCUCUUAGCAGGGGAUAGUCCUGCUCCUGGUUUGGACACUCAUGUCCAUGUUGAAUUGAAUAAAGGACCGUACGAAGACAAACUGUGGUGGUGCAAGACGGAGGAAAAUGGCGAAUGUGGAUUGAUUCUCAGCCUUCAUCCACCAGCUGACUGUAUUAUUGGAGAGUGGGAUAUUUUUGUGAAGACUUCAGCUCCAAGUGACGAAAGUGUGAAUUAUUAUCUUUACGACCACAACUCUCCAUUUUACGUUCUCUUUAACCCUUGGUGUGAAGCUGAUCAAGUGUAUUUGGAUAGUGCCGAUCUACUGGAGGACUACGUUUUAAAUGAGUCUUUAACAAUAUUCGUUGGCACCAAAGAACAACUCAACUAUAAACACUGGUACACAGGACAGUUUGAUGAAGGUGUUUUGGAUUUGACGCUGUACCUGCUUCGUAAAGCUUUCUCACUCGUAAGUCCGUUGUUCUCCAAUCCUGUGACAGUCGUAGAAGGCUUAAAUCGAAUGGUUGCAUACGAUUCGAACGCUGUAAUGUCUCUGCAUUGGUACCAAAGCAACCAGGGAAGCAAACGUCCCACUGCUUGGAGUUCAAGUGUUGAAAUUCUACAUGAAUAUAAGAAGGGAUUAGGAAAAGUACAAUAUGGCAGUUGUUGGACGAACGCUGCUUUAUUGACAACGUUUUGCCGUGCUCUUGGAAUUCCUGCUCGUGUGGUCACCUCUUUUCAAUCGAAUCAUGAUAUGAACACUUAUAGACUCGGUCACCAUUAUUUAACAAAACCCGACUCACUAAAACGACUGCCUCAUCUCACCCGUCAGUCUAUCUGGAAUUUUCAUGUAUGGAUGGAUGCAUGGAUACUCAGGCCGGAUCUGCCAUCUGGUCAUGGUUGGCAUGCUGUAGAGCCAACACCUAAAAAACUGGAAUUUGGAAGGAAUGUGUAUGGCCCGACACCUCUCUCCUUAAUUAAAGAAGCAAAUAUCGGAACUGGGUACGACGUGAACAAUUUUUUUCAUGACCUGAAUGUAGAAUCUGCCCAUUACAUUCGAUCAUUAAAAGGUUGGUCACUUUUCCAAGUGGAUGCAGAUAUUGUAGGAUCAUUUAUCUGCACUGCAGCCCCUCUAGGGAAGCCAGUGUGUACUAAAGACCCUCAUGCUAUCGAAUUUUUAUAUCAUGACAUUACAGAAGAAUAUAAAUCUCCAAGUGUCUCAGAGAAGUUCAUAGAAUUACUCUCGGCCAACCAAGGACUCUUUUCUCAAUCAUGUAUAAAAGUAGUGUUUCAAGAGGAUUACAAUUGUAAAAUUGGUGAAACUCAAAUUAUUAAAUUCGAUUUACGCAAUCCAACCCAAGAAAUUGUCGAAGUCAACUUUGUGAUAGAAGUCCAAUCUAUUGACUACACCGGACGCGAAAUUUUAAUCUUAUUUGAAGAACAUGUUUCUAACAUGGUAAUCUCUCCUGGAUUAUCUCAACCGAACAGUAUUUCCAUCCGGCCAGAGAAAUAUGUCCCUGUUUUGCAGAGAGGUUUACCUUAUCGCUUUGCUAUGAAAUUAAUCGUUUAUGGUUCCCUUAAAACUUGCAAUACGAAAUUUGCCUGGACAAAGGUCUUCACUCCUCAGUGGCCAAAUUUAGUAAUAAAGUGUCCUGAGAGGACAACAUUAAACGAGACGCUUCCAUUGGAAUUGACUCUGAAAAACCCGCUUCCAGUUCCGUUGACACACUGUGAAGUAGUUGUUGACGGUGCUGGUUUAACAAGCAUUUUCCAAGGACCUCUGCUCGAUGUUCCUGAUUUUUCCGAUUUAUCCCUAAGAAUGAAUUUGUGUGCUUGUUGCCGAGGAACUGCUCAUCUGACGGCAACUAUUCAUAGCAUUGAACUACAAGAUGUCUGGUCUUGUACAAGUAUAAAUAUAGUUUGAUUCCCUUGUUAAACCGAAAUAUUAAUCGUCAUAAAACUGGAAAAAAACAAAAAAAAGAAACGUAACUGAUUUGAAACUAGUUUGUUAAAUCUAAAAAUAUUUUGUUAGAAUGGAACAAUACAAUAAAGAUGGAAUUGUUUUUGGUGUUCAGAUACAUCAAAGUCUGUAAAUCUAACCCAAAUUUAUACCCAUAAAAGGGAACCACUUACAAGGCAAGAUAUUCUUUUUUACCUUUAUCUAAAUUUGAGAAUUUUUCUCAGUCUCCAAAGAAAUUCCAACAAAUUAGAAACCAUUCGAUAAUCAAGAAUAUUUCUUUGGUAAAUUCUAUAUUUUUCCAAUUAUCGUCAUUCAAUUUGUUAGAAACAGCAACCAAAUCUCCC